AUGAUCUCAUACUUGGACAAUGACGUCAUAAGCUUUCUCUUGCAAGAUCUGAUGCCGAGAGACGACGGUGUGGAAGGUGGACGGGGUUUCUGCGGUGGAGGAGGAGGAGUGGUGGCUGUGGUGGGAGGAAUCUUGUGGUCGGAAGAAGUGGGAGUGGUGCAGCCGCCGCCGUCAUCAUCUCUGUUGGUGUUGGCUCGGAUCUUGAUGGCUGGUGGGAAAUUCAAGAUGGGCAGAUCUUCGUGUGCCUGA